CCAGUUUUGUUUGGUUCUUGGAGCCAUGACAGAUUUGAAAAGGAAUCAGAUCUACAGUGUCUUUGAUAUGCUUGAUAUUGAUGGCUCUGGACAAAUUGAUUUUGACGAAUUUUACCUUCUGACUUGCAUUCUCAUCUCCUUAAAGGACAAAGAUGAGAAACAGUUUAUUUACCGUCAUUCCCGAACCGUCUUCGAACUCCUGGACGAAGAUGGAUCACAAAGCAUUUCAGCUCAAGAGUUCUCUGCCUUUGGGUUCCUCUUCAAUUUCUAUGGUGAUGCCGUCAAACAGAUCUUCACCGACUUUGACAUAUCUGGCGAUCAGGAACUCGACUACAAAGAGUUUAAGAUGUUUGCUAUGGCCUGCAUUGAUCGACAGAACGAGAUUGAUCGUCAAAAACGGGAAGAGCAGGAACGUCAAAAGAGGAGACGAGAAGCAAAGGCUUUAAAACGUCUGGCUCUAGGGGGCGGAACCUGGGCGUAUAUCCGAACAUCUUGUACAUGUAAUAUCUUGUGACUCGACCAAGUUCAUGAGCAAGUUAUUUAAAGAUAGGAGACGCAAACAUUGAAUAGACCGAAUGAGAGCUCCAACGUUAUGACUGAGGGAAACCGAACAUCGGAAGAAGAUUCUAUAAUGAAGGGUCAAGUCCACCACAUGAAAAAACAAUGAUUUUAAAUAAUAUUAAUAAGAAAAAAUAAAGAAGCAAAUGAUUUUUUUUUCAAAAUUGGAUGCAAAAUCAGAAAGAUAUGACAUUUAAAAGUUUCGCUUGUUCUUCAAAAAACAGUUUUGUGCACAAAUAUGCAAAUGAGAGAGUCGAUGAUGUCACUCACUUGUUCUUUUGUUUUUUAUUGUUUUAAUUACACGAUAUUUCAAUUUUUACGGAUUUGACAAUAAGGACCAUCUUGAUUGAAACACAAUCAUAUAUUAAAUAAUAAAAAGAAAAGAAACAGUGAGUUAAUGUCAAUGACGAUCUCACUUGCAUAUCACUGAGUUGUGCAUAAAUAACUUUUUUGUGAAAAGCAAGCGAAGCUUUACAAUGUCAUAAUUUUUAUAUUUUGCAUCCAAUAUUGAUGAAAUUUUCAGUGUUCAGCUUAAUUUAUUUGUUUUCUUUUCGAUUAAUAAUUUUUGUUGGGGUGAACUUUUCCAUUUGUAUAAUUUCCGUGCAUAAAUUAUGAUUAAGAUUAAUAACAACAAAAUCGGGAUAAACAUAUAAUCUUCCACAAAAUUUAAUGACAAACAUGACCAUGAACUCUCGAUCUUCUCCUGCCCCUUCUUGUAUAACUAGUAUUUUGAGUAUCCCGUCCCUACUCUGGUAUAGUUCAUAAUUUGCUCAGGUGGGCUGUAACCUGGAAAAACAUUGUGGCUUAGGGGGAGGCGGUGCCCCGCUACCCCUUGGAAUUUAGAAUUCUGUACAGUGGUCUAUAAAGGAAAUGAUUCUUUCGCCCAACCAUGUGAUAAAAAAUCACAAGGAAUGGCCUAGCAUGCGGAGAAAGAUUAUGUUUUUUAUAAUGAAUGUGAAUGAAAUGCGAGAAUACCUUAAGUUCUACACAUUCACUUAAAUUUCGAUUAAGAUGGGGCACUGAAGUGACAAUGGCAACAUACUGAGUGAAGUUGAGAUACAUAAUGAUAGACAGAAAAUGAUGAAAUUAUAUAGGAAUGAUUGUUUCAUCGGACAUUUUUUAUGUGGGUGGGUGCAAAAAUACAGUCUGUCAUCUUUUAUAUCGAACGAGGCGGCGUCAUGAUUCUUUUCAUAUCCAUUAUAAGCCUUCAAUAGAUAACACAGUUUAAGAUAUUAAUCAUUGAACAAAUACAUUAAAACAUUGCCUCGACUUCUUUA